AUGUACCGCCAAGUCUUGGUUCACGAGUCUCAACGCGAUUUGCAGCUCAUACUAUGGCGUGAUGACGAGUCUCAGCCUUUGCGGACUCUAAGACUUAAUACAGUCACGUAUGGGUUCGCUAGCGCUAGCUUCCUCAGCACUCGUUGCAUCUGGCAGAUUGGUGAAGAGUGUCAAGAUCCUCUAGCCAAAACGAUUAUCCAGAAAGACUUCUACGUCGAUGAUCUUUUGACUGGACAUGAUGAUGAAGAGCAACUUCGCUUUAUUCAGAAGUCUGUCUCUCAAAGCUUAGCCGCAGGAUGCUUUCCUUUAAGAAAGUAUAGGUCUAAUCUACCUUCUAUACUCGCUGCGGAAGUCAACAAUACCGAGGGCAAUCUGAUGCUCAGUUCUUCCACUGACACCCUUGGUCUUAACUGGGAUCCAUCAGUGGACAUCCUACGUUUCUCCAUUGAAAUGAACCCAGUCGAAACUCUAACCAAGCGGAGUAUACUUUCAUCAACGUUUAAAAUAUUUGACCCGCUUGGUCUAGUCUCUCCUUGCACAAUCAUACCCAAACUUAUCAUUCAAAGUUUGUGGUCCUUGGGGCUAAAUUGGGAUGAUCCUGCUCCUCAAGACAUACAAACUACUUGGCAGAAGUUUGCUGACAAUAUCAAGAGCAUCUCCGAGCUGUCGAUCCCUAGGCGAGUAUUGAUUGACAACUAUGUAACGGUAGAAAUGCACGUCUUCUGCGACGCCUCUCAAAAGGCGUAUGGAUCAGCUGUUUACCUGCGAUCUCUAGACGCUGAAGGUCGAGUCUUAGUGCGUCUUUUAUGCGCUAAGAGCCGAGUUGCUCCAAUAAAACCAGUGAGUAUCCCGCGUCUAGAAUUAUGCGGCGCCCUUCUUGCAGCUCAAUUGAGUGUCUCAGUGACUGGUGCCCUCCGUUGUCAAAUAUCGCGUCAUGUCUAUUGGACUGACUCUAGCGUCGUGUUAUCGUGGCUAAACACAAGCUCAAACAAAUUAAAAACAUUUGUGGCUAACAGGGUUAGCGAGAUAGGAGAACUAACUGAUGUGACUGCUUGGCGCCACGUUCCUACUUUGGAAAACCCAGCAGAUCUGCUAUCUCGCGGCGUUGAACCAAACCGCAUUGCCAGCUGCUCCGCUUGGUGGCAAGGACCUACUUUCUUGCAAGGCUCCGAAGAAUCCUGGCCUUCGCUGAACUCCACCCCCAAGCAGGAUCCGCAAGAGCUGCCAGAAUUGAAGGUGAAUACCGUCACAAUCACGGAACCUUUCAUUCCCUUCUCCAACUUUUCGAAACUGCGUCGAUUGCAGAGAGCCUUCGCGUUCGUCUACAGGUUUAUUAACAAUUGCCGAGACCCUAACAACAAACUAUCCGGUCCGCUCCAAGUUAGUGAACUAAACAAAUCAUUUGACGCUCUAGUCAAGUUCUCUCAAAAUGAGUCUUUUGGUAAUGACAUAAAGCUAUUAGAGAAUAAACAAACCCUUAAUCGACGAUCAAAUAUUCUCUCUCUCGAUCCCUUCCUUGAUACUCAAGGUAUCCUUAGAGUUGGUGGCCGCUUGGCAGGUGCUUCGGUGUACACCUUCGAUAAAAGGCACCCUAUAAUUUUGCACGCGAACCACCACUUUACUAAGCUGCUCUUUCAACAAGAGCAUCAGCUAUUAUUUCACGCUCCGCCACAGUUAUUGCUAGGUGCCAUAAAGGAUCGCAUAUGGCCUAUAGGCGGAAGAAACUUAGCUAGGCGUACUUAUCACAUUUGCUUCAUUUGUAGGCGUUUUAGAGGUAAGACUCUUACCAAUAAAAUGGGCAAUCUACCCGCUGAGAGAGUUACUCCCGACUACCCAUUUUACACAACUGGCACUGACUUUGCUGGUCCAUUCUUAAUUACCGAUCGUAAAGGCCGAGGAUGCAGGAUAACCAAAGCAUAUCUUUGUAUUUUCAUCUGCUUCCGUUAUAAGUGCAUCCAUCUUGAAGCAGUGAGUCAACUUUCAAAAGACGCGUUCACUCUAUGCCUCCAAAGGUUUAUUUCCCGUCGCGGCAAACCUAAACAAAUCUUCUGCGACAAUGGUAGAAAUUUCGUUGCAACCGCUAGAGAAAUCAACGAAUUUCUAAAACUUAAUACGGAUGGUAUUGUCGAUUUUGCGGCCGAUAAGGGCAUUGAAUUUCGCUUCUCUCCAGCAUACGCUCCUAACUUCGGUGGGCUGUGGGAGGCCGGUGUUAAAUCGGCUAAAUUUCAUUUGAACAGGGUUUUAGGCAACGCCCACCUAACGUUCGAAGAACUAUCUUCCUUGUUCAGUCAGAUCGAAGCCAUCCUUAACAGCCGUCCCCUUUGUCCUUUGAGCUCAUCACCCCAAGAUUUCGCUCCUCUCACCCCGGGACACUUUUUGAUAGGUAGGCCACUCACCGCGUUACCUUCGCCGUGCCUACUAGACUCCAACACAAAUCGCCUCGACAGAUUCCAGCGUCUCGAACAGAUACGGCAACAUUUUUGGAAACGCUGGAGCUCUGAAUACGUCCCUGAACUGCAGCAGCGCACGAAGUGGAAGCUCAGGUGUAGGGACCUCAAACCAGACGACCUUGUCCUGCUAAAGGAAGAUCUCACGCCUCCACUCAACUGGCGUCUCGGCAGGAUCAAUCUUCCCAGGCACUGA